AUGGCGAAUGUGGUUGGAAUCGUGAGUGUCUUCUUCAUUUGCGUGUCCAUCCUGUCCUUCUGCCUGAAAACGCACCCGGACAUGCGAGUGCCCGUGAUCAAGAACAUCACUGUGCAAACAGCCAACAAUCUCACGGCCUGGACCCUGGACAAAACAGCAACCCAGGCCCACCAGGCAUUCUUCUACAUAGAAUGCGUGUGCAAUGCCUGGUUCACUUUCGAGAUCCUCAUGCGAUUCAUCGCAACGCCCAGCAAACUCGAAUUCAUCCGGUCCUCGGUCAACAUCAUCGACUACGUCGCCACGCUCAGCUUCUACAUUGAUCUGAUUCUGCAAAUCUACGCGUCUCACUUGGAGAAUGCGGACAUUCUGGAAUUUUUCAGCAUUAUUCGAAUCAUGAGACUGUUUAAGCUGACGCGGCAUUCGUCGGGACUCAAGAUUUUGAUACAGACUUUCCGCGCGUCCGCCAAGGAGCUCACACUGUUGGUCUUCUUCCUCGUCUUGGGCAUUGUGAUUUUCGCCUCGCUGGUCUACUAUGCCGAGCGAAUCCAGGCGAACCCGCACAACGACUUCAACAGCAUACCGCUGGGGCUGUGGUGGGCCCUGGUCACUAUGACAACAGUGGGUUACGGAGACAUGGUGCCCAAGACCUACGUGGGCAUGUUCGUGGGCACCCUGUGCGCCCUGGCUGGUGUGCUCACCAUCGCCCUGCCCGUACCCGUCAUCGUGUCCAACUUCGCCAUGUAUUAUUCUCAUACUCAG